UUGUUGGCAUUUAUAGGGCCACAUCCCCACUUUGUGGUUCUCAAUUUUAGUCUCAAAAUAAUGAUACAAAUAUAUAUUAAAUCAAUAUAUAUAGUCUUUAGUUCAUACCUAUUUUCAUUUACUUCCGAAAAAAGUUGAAAAACUAACUAUGCCUUUGUUCCACAGAAUUGAGAUAUUUCAAGUGCUAUGAAGGCCAGGUGUAUCUCAUUCUUUCUUUGAUUUUCUGAUGGCACUUACGGCAAACAAAGUUUCAAGCGGUCCUAUCUUGACUAAUAGAGCAACACUUUGUAGAUCACAUGGAUCUUCAUCACCAAGGAUAAACAGAAUACAGUUUUCAAAGGGUAGACUCGAAAACGGACAUCUGAACAACGAUUCUGUCCUCAAUGAGAGAUCAACCUUAUCGAAUGACUGGUUUCGGUUUGUCAAUGGAAGAAAUCCAGUUAGUUUAAUCUCCAAGACAUCUUCUGUCUCAUGUAAAUCAACAGGAGCAAAUAAUACCGAAGAAAAAGAAUGUGUUACAACUUAUGAUGAUGUUUCUGAUUUAACUAGGAGACAUGCCGAAGAUGAGAAAAAUGACCGUGCUCGUUCUGUUCGUGGCCUGUCUGAAGCUUAUAGAUUUGCCUGUAACGAUGCAAAGUUUCUCUCACGUGGCAUAAUGAGGAUGGAUGAGCGUGCGCGCCAAGAUGUUGCCUUUUUAGGGACAGAAUUUCUCAAACUUGAUGCUCGGGCAAGAAAGGAUACUGAGAAAAUCGACCGUGGAGUCAAAGAAAAAGCUAAGCGCCUUAAUCGUAUUGCUACUAUCUUGAAGGAUAUCGCUCAGACCAGAUUGAAAAGUGCUGCCGAUGAGCACUGGAGUGACGGGGCCUUAGAGGCUGAUUUGCGCCUUGCUGACUUCCGAGCCAAACAACGUGCCAUGGAAGAUGCCCUUAUGUCUUUGGAGCUGAUCAAAAACAUCCAUGAUAUGAUGGUGAGCAAGACGUAUAACUUUCCUAUUUUCAGAGAUAAGGGCUCUCUUUCAGAAAAUAAUGUCAGAGGUCGAAUCAUGCUUGAAAAGAACGGAAGAACCACAAAUUCCUUUCCUGGGGAUGUGACGGCAGAACGGAUCACUGCCCUUCAGGAAGCUUACUGGAGUAUGGCAUCAGCACUUUCUGAAGCAGAUGGAAUUGAUUACACUGAUCCUGAAGAGCUUGAGUUGUUGAUCACAACUCUUAUAGACCUUGAUGCAAUGGAUGGUAAACAAAGCGUGUCUUUGUUGGCAGAGUGCUCGAGUUCCCCCGAUGUCAGUACUAGACGAGCUUUAGCCAAGGCACUGGCGGCAGCACCGUCUAUGUGGACUCUUGGAAAUGCAGGGAUGGGGGCAUUACAGAGGCUGGCCGAGGAUAGCAAUCCAGCCAUUGCAGCUGCUGCAUCCAAAGCUAUUUAUGAACUGAAAAAGCAAUGGGAAAUAGAAGAAGGGGAUAGUUGGAGGUUUAUGAUGGGUGAAAGCACCAAGGAAGAAAAUGAAACCUGAAAAUCUAAUAAUUAAAAUGAUACCAAUUGAGAAAUUAUUUAAAACUUUACACUGUACAGCCUGAAUGCCUUCCCAGAAUUAAAUCUAAUGUAGGAUUAACGGAUCCAGAUUGGUUGCAGUCACAAAAUCAUGCAGUCACUAUUGUCGGUAAACGUCGAUUAUUAGAUGAAGACCGAAUGGUUUGUGUUUUAACCAUCCAAUCUUCAACGUACGGCCGAGAUGACUACUGCAAGAAAUGUUGACUGCAUGCAGUCCAUUUCAAGGAUUAACCCAUAUGAUCAUUGUAAGAUGCCAAUAUGGUGGUUAUAUGCAUUAUUAUUUCCUCAUAUAUAGAUGCAUAUUUGUAAGUUGUAACUAUACUUGUUGUAAUGUAAGGACUUUCCUACAUAAUUUGCUCAACAGCUAUGCUUUUAUCUGGGUUGUUUA